AUGGCCAACAACCGCAAUGCGACGUCGAAUAGCACUGGGACGCGCUCUGGAGUGCCACUGAAACCCACCCUCGCUCGAGCGCCGAACACUCCUCGUCCGCCGCAGGAUGCAACAAACACGACAUCAACACCGCCAUUUCGUCCGAAACUGCAAGAGUCGGACUUUCGACCGAAACUAAACAAUCACAAACCCACGCCGUCACCCCUCUCCCAUACACGUCCGACGGCGCAGGUCGCCUCUACGCAUACCACGCCCCAAGCCUUGGCUGGAAAGGCACGAACCGCGUAUAUCAUAAGCUCGACGCCAACAUCACAAACACCCUCCAACAACACGCCGAGUCAUGCGCAAAAGAGGCCGCUGGUCAUCUCUCCCACGAACACCGAACCCGCUGUGCGCCGUCCGCAACUCACUGCAUCUAAUCGAGCGAAGAGUGUAGUCGGCCCUGCAAGGCCUACGGCCGCCAAUGUUUCGCGUCCGCCUGCCGUCACUACAAGGACUGCUCCGACAGUGCGAGGCUUCGUCAAAACACCGGAUUCUGCGAGAUCGAAUGCCUCGACCUUACAACCGCACGUCUCCGCUCCCCAGAGAGUCUCUCCUUUGCCCACCUCCCGUCCCACUUCGGUCAAAUUAGACAAAGACUCGAGUUCAAUGUUCUUUCAUGCAAGCGACGCCAAAACACAAUCACAGCCUGCUGCUCCAGUUCAGCCUCCCAGAUUGAGAAAGACCCCGUCGUUUCUGUACGCCAAUGGUCAACAUGCUGCUUCGGAAAGCAGACCACCCUCACAUGCAAGUUCUUCCCCAGUCUUGUCCAACGUAUCUGCCGUCACCGACUUGCGCUCUCCCCAGCUCUUCGUGCAGUCACCUGCUCCUUCAGACUCGGCGCUUACUCCAAAUAUUGUUUCACCCCCUCUGAGUGCUGUCUCAUCCGCCUCGAAUUAUUUUACGACUCCCAUUUCGCCUCCAAAGAACAAUAUACACUUGUCGUAUCGGAAGGGCGCGUCCCAGAUAUUCGCUCUUGGAGGUCCACCCCUACCUUUUCAACCCGCACAACCUACUCAGCGAAAAACUAGUAAUGCCUCGAUGCGAAGCUCACAUCUGAGAAGCACCAGUCUUUCUUCAAUAGACAUGGGAACUCCUGAUCGAAAUCGUCGUCAAUCACACCCUAUACCUGCCAUCACAGAACCCCUUGAUGAGAAUGCUUCGCUCGACUCGCCUACACCGUUGACUGAAAGCGGACAUGAUGGCUCAGUCGACGCGCCACCUUCUGAUGACUCUCCUGAAGACGAUGUUCUCUCUGUUGACCCGUAUGCCGAGGCACGUCGCGAACGCAAAGUUCUUGAUUUGGAAAUCUCAAACUCUUCUCUCUUAGCCAUCAAUAAGUCUCUUGAGCGGGAGCUCAGGAAACAAAAAGCCGAGUUGAAACGCUUUCGUCGCUUGAGUAGAGCCGGCCAAUUUGCUGUCCCUCGAAGGCCAAGCGGUGCUGAAGGCGACUUGUCACUACUCGACGAGGAAGAUGACCUACCUGACUUUGACGACGAUGACGGGGGCGCUCGUCCGUCAAGUCCAUUUCACUCAGUGCCCGAAACGGAUACCUCUGAUGAAGAAUCGACUAGUUCCUCCGCGUUGCCACUGUCUCCAGGCGCUCAAGCUGAUCGCGAUGCUGCGCAGCGAGCCGACGACGAGAAGCGCUUGCGUCUUGACCUAAGUCGCCAUCGCGAACUUUUGCUGGACACGCAACGAAUGAACCAGUCCCUACAGCGUUGCCUCUACCGAACCGAGGGGCUCAUUAAAGAUGGGAGAAAAGCCCUCGACUACCAGGUCGCAUCUUCGGAGGUGCAGCUCGGUGGGCGUAUUCUCGACGGAGAUGAUGUAGAUGACGCUUCCUCCCAAGCCGACGAUGCCGAGAGCAUCCAUAGUAUUGAUGAACGGCCAGGCGCGCUACCAGACUUUGGCGAGCCUGACAGACGAAGCGUCGGCAGCGAGAUGGAUAGUGGCAUUGACCUCAUGGGCAAACGUGGCACAUUGACCAUGGCCAGAGACAAUCCCAACUUUUCACGACCAACAAUAUGA